UCUCCUUUUAUUACUAAACCGAGGAGAAACGAAUCGAACUGCCCACCGGCCACCCCGCGCCUGCAAAUAUUUUCCGGCUUAAUCACUGUAUCAAUCUAUUUUAUUCAUCAGAACAACAACAACGUACGGAUCUAAUAUAUGGAAAUGGAAGGUUAAAUGCUUGUUUGCAUGAUAGCUGGAGCUGGAAAAACAAAGGUUCAUUAAUUCCGUUGUCUACUGAAACAGGUCAGCAGAUAUCUAGUCAGAUGCAUUCAGAUCACAGAGAUGCUUCUGCGAAAGUGAAGGAAGAACAAGAUUCACAUGUUGGCGAUGCUUCCCUGAAGUCGAGUGAGGAAAAAGAGGAACAUCCUCAAAAUCCAUUACCUAAGGUCACUGAGGAAGAUGAGGAACAUCCUCGGGACACUUCAUUUCACUUGAAAACAGAAGACGAGUUCAAUCAAUCUGGUUCAGCUAGUCCCUUUGGAAACCCUGUUGAUAAACCUCAAGGCAUUUCUCCCACUGAGGAAGAUGAUGAUGACGAUGUGCAGAUUAUAGAGAAUAAUGAUGACCAGGCUGCAAAUGCUGCGAACCAGUUAGUGCUUUAUGACCCAGCAGCGACUAAUAGUACCAGAGACAUCGAACCAGUUCCUGAGGCCCCCCCUCAGUAUCAUCAAUCUCAACCUUUCCCUUACCGAAACUAUACACAAAAUUCUCAAUCCAGAGUUUUGCCGGCAGUAGGUGCAUUUACCGUUCAAUGCGCAAACUGUUUUAAAUGGAGGCUCAUCCCAUCAAAAGAAAAGUACGAAGAAAUACGGGAAAGUAUAUUGCAGGAGCCUUUUGUUUGCGAAAGCGCUAGGGAGUGGCGUCCUGAUAUAAGCUGUGAUGAUCCAGCUGAUAUCAACCAAGAUGGCAGCAGACUUUGGGCAAUUGACAAACCGAAUAUCUCUCAACCACCUCCUGGUUGGCAGCGAUUACUUCGGAUAAGAGGUGAAGGAAGCACCAAAUUUGCUGAUGUGUAUUAUGCUGCUCCAUCAGGAAAGAGACUGCGUUCCAUGGUGGAAGUCCAAAAGUUUUUAGAUGAUCAUCCAGAGUACCUCUCUGCAGGAGUUACUAUGAGUCAGUUUUCGUUCCAAAUUCCAAAACCUUUGCAAGAAAACUAUGUUAGAAAGCGCCCAAAAACCGUGGCUCCAGCUCCUGGUUUUUCCAUGUCGCGGCCUCUUGAACCUACCGAAGUAAAUCCAUUGUCAUGGGCAGGACCAGUAACUGGUACAGAGUUGCAGCUUUCUAAUGAUGGACAACUACCUAAAGCAUAUUAUGGCGGCCCAGUAUUUCAAUCUGCUCCUUCAUCUGCAAAGAAACAAAGAACGAAAUCACUAGCCAAACAUACAUCGGGUAGUAAUAAUCCGAUGCAACCUGAGUUCAGAGAAGAAGAAUCACCACCAUCCAGGAAUGGUCUCCCCUUUGGUCAUCUGUAAGGUUUAGAUGUUUUGUACUUCAGUCUUUUUUUUUUGUUUCUUAAACAUCUCGUGGAAAAAAGAUGACAGGAUUUUAGAUACAUGGUCCAGAACUCGAGAGAAAAGGGUGUUGUAGGUAGGGUUUUGACCAGCGACUGCUGCAACUGAUAUAUAUAAAGAAAAAAAAAGAGGAGGAAAAAGAGCUACACCUUUGUGUUCUUUUAUAUAGUUUUUAAGAUCCCAUGUACUCCUAGUUUGUCUUUUGGCAGCUUCUCAUGGAUCCUUAUUUUAUGAAUUUCCUUUUGGUGGUUUAGUGGUUUGUACAGUUUUACCGAAUCUGAGGCUUAGCAAGUAAUUGAAUCUCAAGUUAUCAAGUUUUGUUAGUAUCUUUGUUUUCAAA